UUGGCAGAGCAGGGUGGAGGACACUGAGUGGAGGUCAGUGGAGGGAUUGGCAGAGAAGGGUGGAGGACACUGAGUGGAGGUCAAUGGAGGGAUUGGCAGAGAGGGGUGGAGGACACUGAGUGGAGGUCAGUGGAGGGAUUGGCAGAGAAGGGUGGAGGACACUGAAUGGAGGUCAAUGGAGGGAUUGGCAGAGAGGGGUGGAGGACACUGAGUGGAGGUCAGUGGAGGGAUUGGCAGAGAGGGGUGGAGGACACUGAGUGGAGGCCAGUGGAGAGAUGGGCAGAGAGGGGGUGGACGACACUGAGUGGAGGCCAGUGGAGGGAUUGGCAGAGAGGGGUGGAGGACACUGAGUGGAGGCCAUGGAGGGAUUGGCAGAGAGGGGUGGAGGACACUGAGUGGAGGCCAGUGGAGGGAUUGGCAGAGAGGGGUGGAGGACACUAAGUGGAGGUCAGUGGAGGGAUUGGCAGAGAGGGGUGGAGGACACUGAGUGGAGGCCAGUGGAGGGAUGGGCAGAGAGGGGUGGACGACACUGAGUGGAGGCCAGUGGAGGGAUUGGCAGAGAGGGGUGGAGGACACUGAGUGGAGGCCAGUGG